GUUUGCAUGUCUUCAUAACUCAUGCUAACUCAUGCUGACUCAUGCUGAGCCGCAGACAUGAAAUGCAUUUUAUCUUGAAUCCACAGUCUCCACAUUCACCGCAGCUGUUUCAUGAUAAACUAAAUGACAUUUAACGCAGGGGACGUUUCCUCUGUUUUCUCCCAGCAUGCACUCUUCAUCUGUUUCACUUUCACUCUUGGAGACUUCGUGCUAAAAACCAGCCAAGCGGUGAGAGGGUUUCCUGCUUUCACCGUCACCAUGUUAGUGGCUCCUCUUGUGCUGCUGUUGUUCGUUUCAUUUUCUCCCUCAUCAGGAGCUCAGCUACCAAAUCAAGGCAAAGUCAAGGAUGUCCCCAUAGCCACCAAUGGUCAGCCAUUCCCCUGGGACCGCAUGAGACUUCCUAAAACUGUUUCCCCGCUCCACUAUGACCUGACCAUCCACCCCAACCUGACCACCCUCGACUUCACCGGCGUUGCUCGUAUCCAGCUGGACGUGCACCAAGACACCAGCACCAUUGUUCUUCAUGCAAAGCAGUUGCAGGUAUCCAACGUGCUGCUCCUCGCACCUGAAGGUGUGAGGCCUCUCCGUGUUUUGGAGUAUCCUCCUUUCCAUCAGCUCGCCCUGCUGUCAGACUCGGUGCUGACCAAAGGUAGGAAGUAUGAAGUUCAGCUGGAGUUUGCUGCCAACUUAUCUGACAGCUUCCACGGUUUCUACAAAAGCAGCUACCGCACACGGAGUGGGGAGGUCAGGGUUCUGGCAUCCACACAGUUUGAAGCCACCUUUGCUCGUGGAGCCUUCCCCUGUUUUGAUGAGCCGGCCUUCAAAGCCAACUUCACCAUACGGAUGAUACGAGAGCCACGUCACAUAGCCAUAUCCAACAUGCCCAAGGUAAAAACUGUGGACUUGCCAGGCGGUCUGCUUGAGGAUCACUUCGACACCACUGUGAAGAUGAGCACUUACCUAGUGGCCUACAUUGUUUCUGACUUCCUGUCUGUGAGCAAGACCACACAGCAUGGUGUCAAGAUUUCAGUCUAUGCCGUACCUGAGAAAAUCGACCAGACAGCCUUUGCACUGGAUGCUGCCGUCAAGCUGUUGGACUUCUACGAUGACUAUUUUGAUAUUCCUUACCCGCUUCCCAAACAGGACCUUGCUGCUAUCCCUGACUUCCAGUCAGGAGCGAUGGAGAACUGGGGUCUGACCACAUACAGGGAGACUGGCCUCCUCUUUGACCCUGAAAAGUCCUCAGCUUCAGACAAACUGGGUCUCACCAAGGUCAUCGCCCACGAGCUUGCGCAUCAGUGGUUUGGGAACCUGGUGACAAUGGAGUGGUGGAAUGACCUGUGGCUCAAUGAGGGUUUCGCCAAGUUCAUGGAGUAUAUUUCUCUCGACAUCACCUACCCAGAGCUGCAAGUGGAUGACUUCUUCUUGGGGAAAUGUUUCGAGGCCAUGGAGGUGGACUCCCUCAGCUCAUCCCACCCAGUCUCCACCGACGUGGAAAAUCCCACACAGAUCCAGGAGAUGUUUGAUGACGUGUCAUAUGACAAGGGGGCAUGUAUUCUGAAUAUGCUGCGGGACUUCCUUACUCCUGAGGCCUUUGAGAUUGGCAUCAUCCGAUACCUCAAGCGCUACAGCUACCAAAACACUGUCAACAGCCACCUGUGGGAGAGCCUGACUGAUAUCUGCAACUCUGAUGAUCUCAUGGAAGGAGGAAUGAAACACAAAGAAUUCUGCUCCAAGCGAAAACGCCAGUCUGGAUCGUCUAAAUGGUACUCUGGUGAUGAAUUGGAUGUUAGGGCCAUCAUGGACACCUGGACGCUGCAGGAAGGCUUUCCACUGGUCACUGUGGAGGUCAGAGGCCGCGAGGUCAGGCUCAGUCAGGAGCGCUUUCUGAAGACAGACGACCCCUCCCUCACUGAGGGAUUCCUCUGGCAGAUUCCACUGACCUACAUGACCAGCGCCUCCAACACCAUCCACCGCUUUCUGCUCAAGUCAAAGACCGAUGUCUUGUACCUGCCGGAGCCAGUAGACUGGGUGAAGUUCAAUGUGGAUAUGAGCGGAUACUACAUGGUCCACUAUGCUGGUGAGGGAUGGAACUCUAUUAUCAAAGUGCUGCAAUACAACCACACAGCUCUGACCAGCAACGACCGUGCCAGCCUCAUCCACAACAUCUUCCAAUUGGUCAGUAUAGGGAAGGUGAGGCUGGACACCGCUCUGGAGCUGUCUCUCUACCUGUCCAGAGAGACUGAGAUCAUGCCUGUGACUCAGGGCUUUGGAGAGCUCGUACCUCUCUACAAACUUAUGGAAAAGAGAGACAUGGCUGCUCUGGAGAACCAGAUGAAGGACUACAUUGUGGAUCUGUUCCGAGGGCUCAUUGAUCGGCAGGAGUGGACUGACUCUGGAUCAGUGUCUGAACGAGUGCUGAGGAGCUACCUGCUGCUGUUCGGCACUGUCAGGAACUACGCUCCCUGUGUGACCAAAGCCACCCAGCUCUUUAGCAAGUGGAAGGACUCUGACGGCAACAUGAGUCUCCCUGUUGACGUCACAACUGCUGCAUUUAUGAUUGGCGCUCGGACACCAGAGGGGUGGGACUUCCUGUUUGAGAAAUACCGUACCUCACUGCAAAUGUCUGUAAAGAGCCGCAUGAAGUCUGCAAUGGCCUUCAGCCCACUACAGGACAAGCUCAAGUGGAUGAUGGAGCAGAGCCUCCACGGUGAGAUAAUGAAAACGCAGGACCUCCCAGAUGUGGUCGUCACUGUCAGCAGAAACCCCCGUGGCUACAAACUGGGCUGGGAUUUCCUCCGAGCCAACUGGCACACCAUGAUCAAGAAAUUUGACUUAGGCUCCAGCACCAUAUCAUACAUGGUAAACGGAGUGACCAACCAGUAUUCUACUAGGGAGAUGUUGGAUGAGGUGAAAAGCUUCUUUGGCUCCCUGACUGAGGAGACGGGCUCAGAGAUGAGGUGUAUCCGUCAGACCUAUGAGACCAUUGAGGACAACAUCCGCUGGAUGGACACCAACCUUCCUCUGCUGCAGGCCUGGCUGGACAAACGCAGCCAUAAAGCCUUGCAUGAAGAUUUGUAACUACAGGGAAAACACAAAAGUCUAGAUGGAACCAUUAUGUUGCUGAAUUCAACUUUUAUUGUAACAGCAACUGUCCCCCAACAUUAAGAUUAUAAAAACAAACAUUUUGGAUCAUGUAUCAUCUCAGUGCAUAUUAUUAAUUACCUCAAACCUGACUGACCUGAUUUAAGACUUAUGUGUCAUUUACUCAAAGCAAUGACUUCGUGCCUCAUCUGUAAACUGCUGUUCAGCGUGAGUGUUUCUCAGGUUUAAAGAGAUUGAAGUAAUUUUUUCUAAGAUUUCUUUAAAAAAACCCAUAUGGUAGAGGUUUAAGGAAGUGACAUGAAUAUGAAAAACAUAUUCUUCUUCACCUGAAUAUUUGUGCUCAGAGCUGUCAGUGUGUGUUUGUAUAUAUUUGUUGCGGUAUGGGUUUGUUUUGGGUGUGGGCGGGGGUGAGUUUUUAUCUGAAAUUUGGUAGAGUAACAACAUAAAUAUUGCACAGUGUUGUAUAAAUAGUAAACAUUUAUCUCAUAUAUUUAGGUACCAGAUCACUCCUUCUCACAUGACAUAAAAAGACAGACAAAAAAAGCUUAUCGCAUCCAGCCUUCAAUAAAUAUGCUGCAAAAUGUAAUUUAUUUAGCUUUACCUGAAUAAAUCCUGAAACUAUUGUUGGUAUAAAAAACGUUUGCUUGUUAGAAAACUCAAGAUCACUCUGCUGUUAAAUCAGAUCAGCUGAAGUUUUUGCACUAUUUGCUUGAGUUUCCAAUAUCGGGAACAUGACUAUAAAUUCGGACACCACUGGCCAUUCUUAGUAGGAUUUUUUACUUUAUUGAAAUUCUCAUACAGAUGAGGAAGUGCUCUGUGAGGAAUGUAUAGUUACAGAUGCAGAAUUGUUUUAUGCUACUGUAAAAUCCAUUUUCUUCAGGACAGGAUUCAGACCAAUUCUGUUAUUUUGUAAGGACAAUAUUGUGUUUGUUUGUUUUUUAAAUAAAGUUGAUUUGACUACA